CCGAACAUGCGUAUUUAGGGUUAUUUUUAAAGCGAUUGGGUCGAUAGGAAAGUAAAAUCACCAAAAAAAUGUUGGAUUUAUUUACAAUUUUUAGCAAAGGAGGGAUAGUGUUGUGGUAUUUUCAGGGAACAUGUCAAGCACUUGCUCCCUCCGUCAAUGCUUUAAUCAAAAGUGUGAUUUUGCAGGAACGGGCUGGUAGCAAUACAUACACUCAUGAUGCAGUCACACUCAAAUAUAAAUUAGAUAACGAGUUUGAGUUGGUUUUUGUGGUUGCGUACCAAAAGAUAUUAACGUUGUCAUAUAUUGACAAGUUUAUUGAUGACGUUCAUCAGGAAUUCAGAGAUAAAUAUAAGGAUGACUUGAAACAAGGUAAUCUAAGUGGAUGUUUUGAUCAGUUUACAACAACAUUCAAGGAUAUGUUGAAGAUGGCUGAAUCAUCCAGCAAAGUAGAAGCUAGAAAACCAGUGCAGAUGAGAAGUUUUGAACAAUCCCAGAAAUCAAAGAAGACGGUGUCAUCCAUGAUUAUCGAUCCAAAGAAAGAAGAAAAAGGAAAAGAAAAUAAAAAUAAGCAAAAUGCUGUCAAAGCAAAAUCCCAAUCUUCUCCAGUAAUUAACGGGAAUGAUGCUGGUGUUAAAGAAGAUGAGAUCCUGAAAAACAGAGCUAAAUUAUUUAAUAAGAUGAAACCAAAAGAGAAGAAAAAAACUAUUAAAGCAACACCAGAACCUGACAAGAAGAAGGGUAAACAAGCUCGCAUAUGGAAUAAUUCAGGUGGAACUAAGGAUUCUAAAACAUUGGAUUUUAGUGAUUCUAAACAAGCUGAUGUAGCUGCCAUGCAAAUGAAUGGAACAAAUGAGGCAGAUAUAAAAGAUGUGAUUGGUUAUGUUGGUACAAUGAAAGGUGAAUUGGAAAAUAUUGAGACUGAAUCAGAAGGCGAAUCUGAAGAUGAAGAGAUCAAUGAUAAAUCUAAAACUGAACCAAAAAGUAAAUCCCAGUAUGGUUUUGGUAUGUUCAAUGUAUUUAAAGGAUUAGUUGGAUCUAAAACUCUUACUAAGGAAGACAUUGAACCAGUUCUGACUAAAAUGAGAGACCAUCUCAUUU